GACAGCGUCUGGUAAAACCCUAUCUCACUUCUCUUUUUCAGUAGGCAGUCACCCUUAAGCCCUAGAUCAUUAGAAAAAAAAAUGUCUUCUUUCGCCUUGCGACAAGCUCGCCACCUCGCAACGGCCUCGGCGGCCGCCGCUUCCACAUCCGCCGCCGCCAUAUCCAUAUCCAAAGCGAAGUCAGUUCUCCGAUCGGAGCAUGACCCUGACAAAGCGUUGGAGAUCUACUCCUCCGUGUCUGGCCACUACUCCUCCCCGCUCUCCUCUCGAUAUGCGCAGGAGUAUACCGUCAAGCGUCUUGCCAAGUCGCACCGCUUCUCCGACAUUGAAGCCUUCUUAGAGUCUCACAAGAAAGAUCCUAAAGUCAGUCAGGAGCCAUUUCUUGCCACUAUCAUCCGCUCUUAUGGCAUCGUUGGAAUGUUCGACAACGCGCUCAGAACAUACGAGCAAAUGACCGAUUUAGGCACUCCUAGAUCCUCUGUUUCCUUCAACGCCCUCCUCUCCGCAUGCAUUCAUUCGAAGUUGUACGAUCGUGUUCCCCAGCUGUUUGAAGAAAUUCCUAACAAGUAUAGGGUCUCGCCGGAUAGGGUUUCGUUUGGUAUACUGAUUAGGUCUUAUUGUGAAGUUGGAACGCCUAAAUUGGCCAUGGAGAAACUGAAGGAGAUGGAGGGGAAGGGUAUGCAAAUUACUGCUGUUCCUUAUACCACAAUUAUGAAUUCAUUGUAUAAGAAAGGGAUGAGUGAUGAAGCUGAGAAGGUCUGGGAUGAGAUGGUAAAAUCAGGGUGUGAACUCGAUGUUGGAGCCUAUAACGUAAGGAUUAUGAACAUUCAAGGUGGGAGCCCUGAUGGCGUCAAGGGUUUGAUCGACGAAAUGAGUAAUGCAGGGCUAAAACCUGAUAUCAUUAGCUACAAUUACUUGAUGACUUGUUACUGUAGGAAUGGGAUGAUGGAUGAAGCUGAGCAGGUUUAUAACAGCCUGGAGGCUAAUUUUUGUAAGCCUAAUGCCACAACUUUUAGGACUUUGAUAUACUAUGCUUGUCAGCAGGGACAGUUUGAUACAGGGUAUAAGGUGUUUAACAAGAGUGUGGCAAUGAACAAGAUCCCAGAUUUUAAUACUCUGAAGCAUCUCGUUCGCGGGUUCGUAACACUAUCAAAGACAAGAGAGGCAAAAUCCGUGAUUUCAAUAGUGAAGAGUAAGUUUCCUCCUAAUGUGUUGAAGGCUUGGACCAAACUUGAGGAGGAGCUUGGCUUGACAAACGAUGAAACGGCCCGUGACUGAGUAAUGAAGGAUGGUUUGUUUUGGCUUGGUAAUUUAAGUAGCACAAACAUUUCAUACACAAUAUUUUAGUGAUGUCCCAAGAUUGAAUCUUUGGUUUCAAACUAUCUCCCAAGAUUGAAUCUUUGGUAUAAUUUUGCAGCUAGACUCUGCCAGUGAUAUGUACUUGUCUCUUUGACUGAAAGCUGCUAUUGAGCUCUGAAUUAAGUUUUGUUGGGUUUAGUCUUUCUUUGUUCCAAAUGUUGCUUUCUCCUUUGUAACUAUUUGUCUAAUAAUGUCUUGAUACUUUUUAUCUUCAUCAAAUUCAGUGUUUUACUGUUGCAUAA